AUGAAGGCAUACUGGUUCGAUAACCAAGAAGGAGACCAGCGUCUCACCCAUGACUCUGGCCGCGAAGUUGAACCCUCAUACCUGGCCAAAUUAGGGGUUCUCUAUCACCAUGCACCCGAGCUCUCCACGGUCGACGCCAUCGCGAAAGACCGCAGUUACAGGAACCGCGAUGAGAUUACCGUGAGCCCUUCGGCCAUGGGAGCUGUGUACGAGGACAAAGUCAAGAUGUUCUUCAACGAGCAUCUGCACGAGGAUGAGGAGAUCAGAUACAUUCGAGACGGCGCAGGUUAUUUUGACGUACGGAGCGAAGGUGACGAGUGGGUGAGGAUUCGGUUGGAGAAGGACGAUCUGAUCAUCCUCCCUGCCGGCAUCUAUCAUCGAUUUACAACCGAUGAGAACAAUUAUAUCAAAGCCAUGCGAUUGUUUAAAGAUGAGCCUAAGUGGACUCCGUUGAACCGUGGCCCCGACACAGAUGUCAACGCCCACCGAGCAGAGUAUCUGCGACUACAGGACGCUUGUAUUUCGCUAGAAUAG